AACCCUGGUAAUGUUGCCCUGUUUUUCCCUCUUCCGAUUUCCAUUAUUUCCGAUUUUAUUCCCCUAAUUCCUUACAACUUUGAUGAUCGUAAGUUUUUUCUUGAAUAUGUUAGAGAACAUUGCAAAUUAGGGGUUUCCGAUCUCUUUGCGUCAUCUUGCGCCUAUCAUUCGAUUUCUGUCAGCUCUUCACCUCCAUUUCUGAAUUGAAACACCUCCGACCUCAUUCCACCAUUAUUUCUCUCUUCAAACAGCUUGAGUUGUCGGGUAUUCGACCCGAUUGUCAUUGGUUAGAGGAUAAGCUGAAAUUGACAUCAAUUUCAAUUCAAUCGUCCACAGAAUUCUCACAUCCACUGCCAUUGUUGUAUAUUUGCAGGAAUUCCAACAAUGUCGCUCUGCUUCAGUGGUACCUUUUGUCUUUUUUCUUCCCAUUCCCCACUGUUUUGUCUUCUUAAAUUUCGAUUUCAUUCCCGAUAUUACUCUAAUUUUGUACAUACUGUUCAUAGUUUUGAUGAUCAUGAAUUGUUUCUUCAAUUUGUGAGAAAACAUUGCAAAUUAGGGUUUUCCAAUUUCCCCUUUCCCUCUUCAAUCAAUUGUCUUCUUUGCGUCCUUUACCUUCUAUUAUCGUUUCAAUCAGAAAUUUAAAAGCCUUAAACCUCAUUCCACCAUUGUUUCUCUCUCCAAGCAGCUUGAAUGAUUGGGUAUUUCACCUAAUGGUCAUUCCAUUGACAUUUCUACCAAUUCUUACUGUCAUUUAGGCUGCGUCAAUUUCAGGUUCUCUCUUCUUGGCAAAAACCUCAAACUUGGCUAUUCUCCUAAUUGCAUUUCCCUUUAACACCUUAAUCAAUGGCUUGUCCACUGUGAUAAGCUUUCCAAAGCUGCUCAAUUAUUGGAUCAUAUUGUCAAGCUUGGUUUCAAACCUGACAUUUUUACCUUCGCGCUACUAUGGUCAAAGGUCUUUGUAAGAUGGGUAACAAUACAGGUAACAUUAGGCAGUAUAUUGCUUUGUAUCAUCUCAGAUUCUCAGCCAAUGCAACCGUUGUAUUGUCUGAGAUGAUACAGAGAAAUAUACCACCUACUGUUCCCACCUACAACAUGUUUGGUUGACAUGUUUGUACACAUGGGAGUGUUGAUCAAGCACAGGUUAUUAUACACCUAUGUUGGUUGACAUGUUUGUAAACAUGGGAGUGUUGAUCAAGCACAGGUUAUUAUACACCUCAUGAUUGACAGUGGUGUGGCUUCAAACAUCACUACUUACCGUGCUUUAAUUGACGGUUACUGUUCGGGUGGGUCAAAUGGAAGAUGCAGAAGAAAUCAUUCCCAGGUGCAUCAGUGAUAAAUGUGAGUUUCUUUAUUCUAUGUUUAGUCCCUUGACUCCCUUGUCUGUUGUUCUUAGUCAGAUUCUGAUUUGAGCUGUCUAUCAUUUUGAUUUGUGACCUUCGCUUUAUUUUGAAUUUCUUUUUUUCCCUUUCCUGUGCAUGCUUAAAUUGGCUGGAAUUGAGUUUCAGAUCAUGUACCAGUUGCCAACUCUUUUAACUACAGCCACUACCCCAUCUUAACUCUUCAGACACUAUUUUGAUUUUGAUCAUUUGAAAAGAUCAGUAAAGGGUCAAUUGCUCACUAGCACAAGUCAAGAAUUUAAUUAUAUAAAGAUACUAUGCAUGCCUCGGCAUAUAUCAAGGUUGGUCAGCAUCAGAAAGCUGAUCCAUCCUUGAAAAAGAUAGGUUGAUAUAUUCUGAUUGCAUUGCAUAUCUUCAUCUGAUUAGCUUGUAUGCCAGUGUUGGUGAUUUACAAGUCUAUCACUACUCACUCGGGCAUGAGGUAAGCUGAAGUCAAAAUUCAAAGCUUGUAACAACAUAAGUGAACAAAAAGUAUCCUUGAAUACCUAGGUGUGGCUAUAAGAUGAAAGUUCUUACAAAAUCAUAAAAGAAACCAUUAUACAGAGUAAUACAAGUAUGUCAUGUUAUAAUUUUAUAGAUAAUAUUUCGUAUUACUAUAUACAACUAGCUUACAUGUUGAACAGAGAGAAAAAAAAUAGUUUGAAUUGCAUUUGAAGGCAUUACCAAAAGUGAUCUCUCCUUUCCAUUUGAAAGCAUUGAUCACAAUUGAUUUUCUCGUCAACGUGACUUUCUAUAAACUCUUUUGCUUAAUGAAGUGUUAACUAGUGACUAAAGUCUCACUAGGUCCAACUAGAUACCCCAUGUGCAACAAACUAAUAAAUUACAAGUAGUUAAAUAAAUAAAUAAAUAAAUAAAUAAAGGAGGACAAUCCUGUUGACUUGACUUUACACACCUCAUCAGGAGAAUCAUGCAUGUGCAAAAGACAUAAAAUACAAUUUCUAACCAAACACUAGUAAUUUGAAAAUACUUUCUAGUUUAAAUUGUGCUUCAUUAUUUAUUAAUAUACACCCGUACUUGCAAGUUCCAGUAGAUUCCAGGAAAGCAAGAGGAGCUCUAUACUCAACACUUUAAAGCCACUUACUAUUAUUCCAGUUUCCACUUGAAUAAGCUGUCCUUAUCCCAACCUUUUAUAAUUAAGAACAAACACCAUUUUAUAUACAGUAAUUCACAAGAAUGUUGAAAGGGGGGUGGUGUUUGGGGUUUUUGUGCUAUCACAAAGUAUUGCUAAAUGGUAAGUUUGGUCAACUAUGGCCAAUACUAACUUUACUGGCCUGUCUACUGAUCAUCGGGGGAUCAUCAGCAGCAGCCACGAAUGCUUUUUCGCAGAUUGCCCUUCCGAACUGCCCUGAAAAAUGUGGUAACAUUACGGUCCCUUAUCCCUUUGGUUUAGGGGAUGAAUGUCGUUAUGCCACUCCUUUGCAAGAUGGUAAAUACUUCAACCUCACUUGUAACACUAGUGUCGAUCCCCCGAUUCUAGAAUUGGGGAAUAAGUUGGACCCAGUAGCAGUAGAAAAAAUUAAUUUGAAGGGUGAACUCUUGAUACAUUACCCCAUUUCAUAUCGUUGUUAUCAGUCUAAUUCCAGUGUCCCGUCUUCUGAAUAUCGGGCCUGGAUAAGUUCGAAAAAAUUUCCGGUCUCAACAACCCAAAACAUUAUCGGUGCCAUUGGGUGUGAUACAUUUGUGACUCUGAAUGGUACAAUGAACAACAAGAGAGAGUUUCGUUCUGGGUGUAUGACAGUCUGUGCUGCACUUGAAGAUGUUGAUACUAGAAUAUGCUCUGGCAUUGGCUGUUGCCUGAUUUCCGUUAUUCCAAAUGGAGUGACCCAUCUCGAUUUAGUAUUCAAAAGUCUUAGUGAUCAGAAGUUGGUGCGUGACUUCAACCCGUGCAGUGUUGCGUUUGUAUUAGCAAAGGAUCAUGCUCCAAACAAUGUUCUACCUUACUCUAUUAAACAGAUUCUAACCCAAGACCAUACGAAUUACCGGAAUUUGAAGUUUCCAGUUGUCUUCGAUUGGUCUAUUGGAAACGUAAAUUGUGAAACAGCACAAGCUGCAGGGGACUGCUUGUGCAAAGGAAACAGCAAAUGUCAUGACAACCCACACCAGGAAGGUUACCGCUGCCAAUGCAUCCCAGGGUUCCAGGGUAACCCUUACCUUCAUGACUGCCAAGAUAUUGAUGAAUGUGCGACUGGAAACCUUAACUCAUGUAAGGAGCCAGCACUCUGUAUCAACACUCGAGGAAGUUAUAAUUGCAAAUGCCCACGAGGAUACAGUGGCAAAGGGACUAUGAACAAUCCUUGUAUUCCUUAUCUGAACGGUGCACAUCCUGACCGUUACAAGUUAGUUGUAGGACUGAGUGUAAUCAUGGGAUCAAUACUUAUUUUUCUUGGUGGAUGGUGGUGUUAUUCAUUUAGCAAGAAAAGGAAAGUUGUCAAACAAAAAGCUAAAUAUUUCGAGAAAAAUGGUGGUUUGUUGCUGAAGCAACAAAUGUCCCCUGAUGAUGGAGUUGUAGAGAGAACGAAAGUUUUCACAAUCAAUGAGUUAGAGAAAGCCACUGACCACUUCAAUGAAAACAGAAUACUUGGGCGAGGAGGCCAUGGAACUGUCUAUAAAGGGAUGCUUGGUGAAGGAAAAAUCGUUGCUGUAAAGAAGUCGAAAAUGCUGAAAGAAAGCCAUAUUGGAGUCUUCAUAAAUGAAGUGGCAAUCUUGUCUCAAAUUAAUCACAGAAAUAUUGUCAAGUUACUGGGAUGUUGUUUGGAGACGGAAGUUCCAUUAUUGGUUUAUGAAUUUAUCCCGAAUGGAACUCUUUUUCAUCAUAUUCAUCAUCCAAGCGAAGAGUUCUUAAUCACAUGGAGAAUGCGGUUACAAAUUGCAUCUGAUUCAGCCGGAGCACUUGCAUAUCUACAUUCUUCGUCUUCUAUUCCUAUAUUUCAUAGAGACAUCAAAUCUUCAAACAUACUUUUGGAUGACAAGUAUAGGGCUAAGUUAUCAGAUUUUGGGACAUCAAAAUCUGUUGCUACUGAUCAAACCCAUGUAACUACUGAAGUUAUGGGAACCUUUGGUUAUUUGGAUCCAGGGUACUUCCAGUCUAGUCAAUUCACUGAAAAGAGUGAUGUUUAUAGUUUUGGUGUGGUCCUUGUAGAGCUUUUAACAGGACAAAAGGCAAUACGUUCUAUUUUUGAAGAGGAUAGAAGUUUGACAUCUUGGUUUCUUUCCCAUAUGGAAGACUCUAGGUUGCUUGAUAUUAUUGAUUCUCAUAUUCUACGAAAGGAUUUGAAGGGAGAGUUUUUCACUAUUGCUAAUCUAGCAAAGCGGUGUUUACACUCGGAUGGAAAGAAAAGACCAACCAUGAAAGUUGUUCUGCUAGAGAUUGAAACAGUAUUGUCACUUCAUUUGAUUGUUGGAACACCAGAAGGUUUAUAUUAUCAUGAUAGUUCAAGUUUGAGAUCUUCUUAUUUGGAUUAUGGCCCUUCAAGUUCUUCUGCUGACACUUCUCUGUUAUUCAGUCAUUAACAUUUGGUAAAUAUGUCGGCGCAAGUCUUGUGGUUCUGUGUGUUCACAUUGGGAUCAUGUUCCUGCAAUAAGCAGACCAUCAUUCUGAAGUAUAAAAGUGCAUGUAAAACCUGUUAUGUGUAAAUCAUAACGCGCAUGGUUUUUGUAGUUCUUGUACUUGGUCUUAUUUUUUAAUGGUGAAUUUGUGAGACACAUCCUUUUUAAAAGUCUCAUUUUGCAACAGAGGGAGUGAGUACCUUUCAAAAAAAUCUCACCAGCUGUAUCUAUUCUUGUUGGUUACAAGACAAAUUCCAUGUGCAAUAUAGCAUUUAUAGUAAUUUGAUUCAGAAUUCA